AUGAAUUAGUCAGUUUAACACGAGAGGGUUAUUAAAUAGAAACCUAGUCUGAAAAUACAAACAAAGGACAUUAAGGCGAGUAAUCAAUUAAUAGAGGAGAUUAACAAUUUGAAAUUAAUCUAUCAGGAUAAAAUCAUAGGAAUUCCACCAGAGAGUGGAUAUGUGAAAGCCAUUUAAAUUACUAUAUAUCCUGAGGAAAUUCUGGAUGAAAGUGAAGCUCAAGCUAUGGCAGUGUUGGGAUUGCAUUUCCCACAAUCUUACCCUGAUCAUGUUCCGAAAAUCGACUUUAUUUAAUUAGAGGGUUUUAAUGACAUUCAGAAGGAGGAGUUAUUUUCGGAUUUAUUUGAGACGGGAUUGAAUCAAGCAGGAUCACAAAUAAUAUUCUCUAUAGUGGUGCAGGUUAUAUUGAUGGAUUAAUUUUGUAGUGUCAAAAAUAGGUGACUUCAAAACACUAAUACAAUUAUAAUGAGAAGAUCAACACAAGGAACUUGUAUGACAUCUUUAUGCAAGAGGAGAAGAAGAGAGAAAAACAGAAGAAGUUGCUCACUAAAUCAAGUUAAAUAAUGGAGGAGAAGGAGAACACAAAGUACACGUCCAUACAGGAGGAAUUUAAGUUGCGACAAGAAUGGCUGGAUUAACAGGUUAAUGAACAAGAGCCGGAACCAUCGGAACCAUUUAUAUAGAAGAGUCCAAAGGUGUAUGCUUGGCAACAGUUAUCAGGGAUGGAGUUGUUAUUAAUCCAUUUGAUUAAGGUUAAUUAGAUAGUAGUAUUUUAGAUAGUCCUGAAGAAUUGUCAUCACUAAAACUAUAAACAAUUGGUGAGUUUAUUGCAUUUAUUUCAAAUCACCACAAACAAAGAGUUGUUAAAAUUACUAUCCCCCAAGUAUGAAGUCAUAUUCAACAAUCUCUACCUCAACAAAUUUGAUAGCAUAGCUAAAAAUGUACGAACUGAUUUAUAUUAGGAAUAAGAAAAAAUAGACUUCAAAAUGGCUGAAAUCUUUCAGAUGCACAAAUCCCAAGACAAGAAUCUGACUGAUAGAACCAAUCUUAUGAAUCUCUUGUUUACUCCGUACAGUAAGUCGUCUUCCAAACUAUCCAAUUUCAGCAAUAAUGCCAAAGUAUUGGAGGAGUAGCAGCAGCAAUUAACUCUGUCUCCAAAUCAGAAAUUGACUUUAAUUAAAGAACCCUCUUUUAAUAGGAUGGAAGCUGAUUUCGAUAUAGUGACCACAUUGGGAAAGGGAUCUUUGUAAGAUUAUCUAAUUAACUUAAAGUGGAGAAGUGUUUAAAGUCAAGAAUAAGAUUGAUGGUAGAUUCUAUGCAGUAAAGAAGAUCAAAAUUCCAUACGGACAGGGUUUGGCAAGGAUAAUGAGAGAAGUAGAUUUAUUAAGUCAUUUGCAUCAUAGAUAUGUGAUACGAUAUUAUCAGGCAUGGAUUGAUGAAUGCGAUAAGACUCAAGAAGACUUUGAAAUCCAUGAGGAGUAAAAUUAAAUCAUUUAUUUAGUGAUUCUGAAAUCUAAUUAGUUAGUGGAUUCACUUAAUAAUCAGAUAGUUAAUUCAAUUUUAAUGCUUCAAGUCUUGGAAGUGGCUUAUUUUAAAAUAGCAACAAUCCAAUUAAGAAUGAAAAAAAGAUUCUUGUUUUAUACAUUCAAACCGAGUAUUGUACGAGAACAUUGAGGAAGCAAAUUGAAGAAGUUUAUCCCAAAUCUGAAUAAUCGUUCAUUUGGAAUCAGUUCAGACAGAUACUUGAGGGAAUGGUGUAUACUCAUUAAUAAAAAAUUGUUCAUAGAGAUUUAAAACCAGAAAAUAUUUUUAUUGAUACAACAGAAGAUAUUAAAAUUGGAGACUUUGGGUUAGCUAAACAUACCUCUAAAAAUUCUCAUUCUAUUGUGUAUAGCAAUUCAGUUGAAAAUACCAAUGAAAUUCCAGAAAUAUUAAAUUUUAUAACCUAGCAACCACUGUUAAAGAAGGAUGACUUAGAAUUACUUGAUAAGACACUUAAUGUAGGAACCUACUUUUAUUGUCCACCCAAUAAUGAGUAAGAAUUCGAUGAGAAGAGAGAUGUAUUUGCUCUGGGAGUGAUUUUAUUGGAAAUGUGGCAUCCAUUUUAGAAUCAUAAAGAGAGAGUCAAAACUCUAUCUUAAUUGAAAUUAAAUGGCAAGUUGCCUAAAUCUUUUUAAGUCUCUCAUCCUCGGCAAUCUGCAUUGAUAAAGUGGAUGACCAAUACUGAUCCCAAGAAAAGACCAACAAUUCAGGAAAUUCUCCACAGCGAACUAAUCCCCCCUAAAAUGGAAGAUGAAUUACUAAAGGAAGCCAUCAAGAUCUUAGGCACUCAAGACAACGAAAGCAUUUAUUAUCAGAAGUUAAUUGAGGCCUUAUUUAAUAAUAAGAGAUUGAACUAUCUAGAUAGAGAUAGACUUUAUUUGUAACAUUGUAUUAACUAGAAAUUUUAUGUAAAAUAAUGCUAUAUGCCUAAAAUAUUGUAAUUUAUGAAUCAAUAAUGUAUUGUGUAAAUUUAGACUCCGUAUAUUAUAAAUAAGCCAAAGGAUAUUGACAAGAAUGGUACAUUCCUCUACAGUUAACAUCAGCAACCAAUUCAAAUGAUGAAUUAGAAUGGGGAAAUUGUGUUUUUUAGACAUUAAUUAAGAAAUUCUUUUGUGAAAUAACUUUAAUUAUUGAACAAUAAAUUGUAAUAGGGUAAGUCAAUACAAUGCUUUGAGAUUGGAGAGACAAUGAUAUCUGAAUUAGAUUAGAUUAGAGUCCAAAACCAAUUGAAUUUUGAUCAGAUUUAAUUCAACGAUGAUGAUGGAUUGCUGUCUACUAUCAUUCUAUCAAUAUAGUUGAUGGAUCAAUUGAAUCUAGAAAUUCCAAAGCUUAAGUUGACUAAUCAAGAAUUUAUUAUGGAUUUGUUAUUUGCAUUUAAUGUUUAUGACAUCGAUUCUCAAAAGCAGAUAUAUUAAUACAUGUCGAAGGUAGCUUCCUACAAUUAGUUUAAUGCAAGCAAAUUGAGAUACUUUAUUUUAAAUGAUUCCGAUAAUGCUGUUUCUAAAUUGAUAAUAGAGAAAUAUAUAGACAAAUUGGAUAAGUUUAUACUUUUGUUUUAAUAUAAAUGCAAAAUUCAAGACAUCAAUCUCGUUGAAGUUUUGUAAUUAUCGCAUAAUGAGGAUUUGAAAUGGAAGUAGAAUAAAAUUAUCGAAUUUGGUAAAAAACUACACUAUUAAUUACAUUGUUAUCGCAAGAUCAGAGAAUAGAUCAAUCCUUCGAGUUAUAACUAUGAAAUCCCCAUAUUAUUUGAUUGUUCUGUCAAUAAUAAAAAAUAUGGAUUCAGUCACGGAUUUCAAUUUGAAUUGAGUUGCUUGAAAUAGAAAUUGAAGGGAGAAUAUGUAUAGCUCCCUAUAUUAUAUGGGGGAUCAUACGAAAAGAGCUGCAAAAAAUUAUAGACUUUAUGUUCAAUCAUAAUGGAUGUUCCUACUUAAAAAAUAGAAAUCAAUUUAAAUCAUUUUGGAGGAGGUUCAGCAUAAUUAUCAAGAUCUAAUUCUAUAAUAAGGUAUUGUAGUUAAAUCACAUAUUGAAUAGUCAGAAAGAAUUACCAUUAUCUAAAGUUUAGAGCAAUAUCUUGAAGGAAGGAGCAAGAUUAUCUUAGGUUUGCAAUAAAAAAGUGGAGAUCAAUGGAUUCACCCUUGAAUUGGAUGUCUUAGAAGAAAUCUUCUCUGUUUCCCAAGAAUAGGCUAAUUCAUUACUAUUUAAGUAUUAAGUUUUGAUUUGCUCAGUAAAGAUUAUAGGUUAUUUAGGUUGGUGGGAAUCUUUAGGAAGCUAAACGAGUAUAUUUAUAGGCUUGCCAUUAUUUGGACAUACCAGCCAUGAUUUACAAUGAUGAUGAAACUUGUCAAUUGGAAGAAUGCGUAUUUUAUUAUAGUGAAUUUAGAUCAAUUUUGCUGAUCGCCAAGAUAUUAAAUUUAUUGUCUUUAUCAGAGAUAAAUUGUAUCAAUAAAAAUAGAAAGUUAUUGUUAGAUACAAGAAAGAUAAGAAUAAUAAAUUAGACAAGGAAGUUUCAUUUGAUGAAUUUAUUUAAUUUAUGGUAAAACAUAAAUGA